AUGACUUCUCACGUUCCAUCCCCCGGAAACGACUUCUCUCCUUCCGAAGUCGAUAUCCCAACAAUGCGCAUGCCUUAUCUAGAGUUCAUCUACCGCAUCGUUGCCGAGAUGGACAAAGAGGGGGUCACCGAGAUUGCAGGCAUCGACGGCACCUCCAAGAGCAGAGUUGUCCUCCCCAUCCAAGGCGGGCAAGUAAAUGGUCCUCAGAUCAAGGGAAUCAUCGUUGACAAGAGCGGCGCCGACUGGGCCGAAGUCAUUAACCCCAAUAAGUCUCUUGUUCGGUUAAAUGCCAUGUACACCCUGCGGACUCAUGAUAACGUACAUAUCCUUGUUAAAGCACAGGGCAUCUAUCGUACUGGACCUGGAGUGGAGGAGCAGGUGGGAGAGCGGGAUACCGUUACGCAAGAUGAGAUGGAGUAUUUUACGCAUAUUAAGUUUGAGGCCCCUGGUGAUAGUUCCUAUGGCUGGUUGAACACUGUUGUUGCUAUUGGAGUCAUGAUCAUGUCAGAGGGGAGACCGAUUAUUGACUGUUAUCGGUUGACUAACUUUCCUGGAAAGGGAGCUGCAAACUUGUAG